UCUGUAGAUGGUCAAAAGUGCAUAAAGUUAUAGUUGGCAUCUCAUCGCCCAUUCAACACUUCAGAUAUAAAAAAAUCCUCAUAUAUUAGAAAAUGGCAGAUAUAUUGGAAAUGUAUGACAAGGAGCCCAUCAUUGGAUUCAUUCACAUAAGGAAAUGGAAGUUUGGUCUAAGGGAGAUUAUUCUCGGGGUGAUCGCCCUUUUGCUCUUGUUGAUCUGCUUUAUAUUGUCCGGUUUGUUUAACAAAGUCAGCAACGAGUUAGGGGCUUCAACAAGUCAAGCUUACCUAGACGAGCGUAUGUGUGUUGAUAUCGGCUGUAUGGAGACGGCCACCAGGGCCAUGGAACUACGGAACAAAAGUGUUGACCCGUGUGAGAACUUCUAUGAGUACGCUUGUGGCAACUACCAGAGCGUGGCACCGGUUUACCUGGAUUCGGAUUCAACGCAACUGUUAAGAAUGUCAAGGGUUGCACCCCUAUCGGAUAAUAGUUAUUCUUUCGCCAGAAGUGUUCUGGAAGAUUUAACACGACAGAACGAAGAUCGCAUGAUGGACCUGUUGGAUAGCCCUAUAUCAGAUGCUCACGAUGCCUCGUAUGAAAGAAAACUGAAACAAUAUUUUCAGGCUUGCAACAAUAUGUUUGAUCGGGACACGAAGAGAGGUGCUCCGUUGCUUAAGAUAAUUUCUGAGCUUGGAGGGUGGAAACUUUUAGGCAACUGGAAACAAGACUGGAACUUCAAUGACGCUCUGAAAAAGGUUCAGGCAGAUUUCGGUGUACGGGCUAUGUUUAGAGUUAUAGUGGAAAAACAGUCGUCUAAUAGCAACAAAUUCAACAUUGCAAUAUAUCCUUCAGGUACAAGCCAAUUCGGCUUUCGGCUAGUGUACUUAUCGAAAGAGGGCAGAAAAUCGUACAAGACGUAUAUUAGAAGAGUUGGCUCCCUUCUAGUCAAUGACGCCAUUACUAUGAAUAUCACCCAGGACAACGGGACAACAGAGUUAGAUCUGGACGAGUUUGUCAACGAUACCUUCGCCAUAGAGUCACACCUGGCGUCAGCAAUGUUAGGACAUCAAGAUAGGAUUCAAACGAACUUGACUGCUCUAAACGCCGAGUCUCAUGGUCUCAUGGACUGGGUCCAACAACUGGGCAAUUUGUUGGGCACAGCCAACAUCACAGGUGAUCAAGAGGUGAUUCUGUUUAACAGAACCUUCACUGAGAAAAUUACGAGCUGGCUUACGUCAUUUCCUGUUCAUGAAAUGAACCGGAUGCUACAUAACUACCUCAUUUGGCGAGUAGCUGAAUCAUUUGGGCUCUCUGUGUCCUCAAAUUAUAUACACCUCUUCAAGGAAAAUCUGGUCAAGUUAAGGAUACCAUUAACAGUUCAACCUCGCACCAUUUGUAUUUUGACUGCCAUUUCUGUUUUUCAAGACGGACUGAGUGCACUUUAUGUUCGCCACUUUUUCAAUGAGGAGAACAAAAGGACGGUUCACGAGAUCACAGACAACAUCAAGCUGGCCUUACAGUCACAGCUAGAGAAGACGCCAUGGAUGGAUGCAACAACCAAACAAUACGCCAAGGAGAAGCUGGAUAAAACCAUCUUCAAGAUGGGGUACCCAGACUGGAUGAAGAAUCAAUCACAGGUUGAUCAUAUGUACAGCGGCUUGAACAUAAGCGACAGCGAUCACUUUGCCAACUUGCUCAGCGUGCAGCGUUUCCGUUUAAGACGCACUAUCAAGCAGCUAAACAACGAAAGGGUACGGUUUGAUAACGCGUACGGAGCCACAUUCAAAACAAUGGUGUACGCAAUGCCGCAAGUUAACGAGGUGUACGCUACAGCUGGUGUUCUCCAGUACCCCAUCUACUCCAGCAAUCAACCCCAUCAUUCAACUUUCGGAUCUCUCGGCGCCAUCUUGGGCCAGGUCAUUGUUCAAAUAAUAGACUUUGGGGGAAGCAGGUACGACCAAACGACAGCCGCUUGGUGGACUGAAGCUUCAAUCGCAGCAUACGACACAGUUUCAAAAUGUGUCUCAAAUGUCUCCAAGACGCAGGACUCCCUGGAACUUAAAGGACACAUCGACCGGACCAGUGGCGUACGGCUAGCUCUGAUUGGCUACAAGGAUUGGGUCAAAAGUCGAGGGAUUGUUGAAAAGGUUUUACCCGGAACUGGGUUAACCAACGAGCAGAUGAUUUUCCUAGCGUUUGCGCAGACGUUCUGUUACGUAAAAGAAGAUCUACCCGAUCGGAAGUUGAUGUACUUUAGCGGGAAUGAUGUCAAUGUCAACAUGGCACUGGGUCAACUUAAAGAGUUUUCUAAAGCUUUUAAUUGCAAACCCGAGGCUAAGAUGAACCACGAGGUCAAAUGCGGUUGUUAUUAGAUAUCUACGACAUUGCCCUAAUUAGUUUUUGCUGGUUAUUUCAAUCUGCGCGUUAACAUUUCUUAAUGUUUAUUGUAAUUAACGUUUUGUCUGCAUUAGCGAUUUCUUUUUUUUUAAUGGCAUGUUAAAAGAAGAAAGAGCGCCAACUUUUACCUUGUCUUAUUCUCAUCACACUCAUUGUACUUCCCGCGUCAAUAUGCUCAACCGAGAAUUAUUUCAAAAUUAUUCAAAAGGUCCAUUAAAUAUUUUAAAAAUCAUGUACGAUGUUAUAAAGACACGAUUCUAAAAAUAUUCUUGAUUUUUGUUGGAUUUUACUCAAGAUUGGAU